CGUUUUCCCGAUUUUGCUCUGCAAACCCUAAGCAGAUAGAUCAGAAAGGAAGGAGACCCACAAACCCAACAACUCUAGCCAUGGAUUCCACUGCUCGAAGAAGCGGAGGUGGUCUUCUCGAAGGCCUCUACAGAGUUAUCAUGCGCCGCACCUCCGUCUAUGCUACCUUCGUCAUCCUCGGCGCCUUCGCUGGAGAACGUGCUGUGGAUUAUGGAGUUCAUAAGCUCUGGGAGCGCAACAAUGUUGGGAAACGAUAUGAAGACAUUCCAGUUUUGGGGCAAAGACCAUCAGAAUGAAGAAUUGUGGAAAUGUACAAUCUUUUCCCAUUUAAAAGUUGCAAGCUUCUUGAAAUUUGGUCAAGCAUUAGGUAGCAAAUGAUUGUUGCAAUAAGCGUUUUACUUGAGUAUUUUUCUCCAGCAUGGUUUUGUAUAACUGAAUGCUUCAAACUGUGAAGAUGGUAAAACCUGUUUUGGGUGCAAUGCUUUGUGCUCAACAUGAUAAGUUUCAGUUUGAUUUAUGAGAAUCAAAAAUUAGUUUAUUUUCUUGA